CCGGUCGCUCAGCGCACGUUGUCCUUCCGCGGGCUUGAGAAGCAAAAAAUCGUACGGGGAAGUGUGUCGGCCUUUUAGAAAAAAAGACAAGAUGAGCAAAGCACAUCCACCCGAGCUGAAGAAGUUCAUGGACAAGAAGCUUUCGUUGAAGUUGAAUGGAGGCAGACACGUGCAGGGCAUCCUGCGAGGGUUUGACCCCUUUAUGAACUUGGUGGUGGAUGACUGUCUGGAGAUGGGUCCAGGUGGACAACAGAACUCUAUUGGCAUGGUGGUCAUCAGGGGAAACAGCAUCAUCAUGUUGGAGGCCUUGGAGAGAGUAUGAGGAGAGAAGUGGUGGCUGCGGAUACACCUUUUUACACUCUUUAAUCCUUUUUUUUACGUUCUUUGUUAGUUGUUGAUAGAGGCAUUGCAACUGCAUGUCUUUGAAUUGUAAGAUGUCUAUCUAAAUUUACAUGGACAGGCAUGUUUUGUUUGUAAGCAUUUUGACCUGUGUAAUCUUGUGAAUAAAUCAUUUUUUCUUUGUA